UGCGAACCUGAGACAGGACGGGUUGAUCUAUUGCUUGGGGGACGCAAAGAAAUACAGCACACUAAUAUUCAACAUAACUGUGAUCGAAUCGAUGCAUUAGGUUAAUUUACUCGUCUGUGGCUAUCAUAUGGAUGGCAGGGAAAGGAAUUAUGAAUCGUGGACGUGCGGGCGAUAAUCUUAUCCCAUUCGCGCUCAUGUGUCAGAGCAUUACGGAAUAGCCGACUCUAGGCUCCGCCAGCUCUGUUCGCUUCCGCCCUGCCGGGAGACACGCCUGGGCCGAGCUCACAGUCGCGGUCAGUCCGGGAAUGGCUGGAAUGAUUGACAAUAUUCCUCUGCAGCCGGUACGGCACAAAAAACGCCAUGACAACAAAAAUAAAAUGGGGUGCUGUCCAUGGUCGAGGUGCUGUGGAUCAGGGGAAUUUCGACCUAGGACAGUAUGGCUAGGCCACCCUGAGAAAAGGGAACAGCGGUACCCUAAGAACGUCAUCAAUAACCAAAAAUAUAAUUUCUUCACUUUUCUUCCUGGGGUGCUGUUCAACCAGUUUAAGUACUUCUUCAAUCUGUACUUUCUGCUGCUGGCCUGCUCUCAGUUUGUAAAUGAACUCAGACUAGGCGCUCUGUAUACUUACUGGGUUCCACUGGGCUUUGUUUUGAUCAUCACCAUAGUAAGGGAAGCAGUCGAAGAAAUACGAUGUUUUCUGCGGGACAAAGAGGUCAAUUCACAGAUUUAUAGCAAGCUCUGUACAAGAGGAACCAUGAAGGUGAAAAGUAGCAGCAUCCAGGUUGGAGAUCUUAUCAUCGUCGAAAAGAAUCAACGUGUUCCUGCUGACAUGAUCUUCCUACGGACCUCUGAAAGAAACGGCUCAUGCUUCCUUAGGACUGACCAACUGGAUGGAGAAACAGACUGGAAACUGCGCCUCCCAGUGGCCUGCACACAAAGACUCCCCACUGCAGCAGACCUUCUACAGAUAAGGUCAUUUGUGUAUGCAGAGGAACCUAAUAUCGAUAUCCAUAACUUCAUUGGUACCUUUACCAGGGAGGAUGGAGACCCUCCAGUCAACGAGAGUCUAAGUAUUGAGAAUACGCUGUGGGCCAGCACUGUUGUUGCCUCAGGUACAGUGAUUGGGGUUGUGAUUUAUACUGGCAGAGAACUUCGCAGUGUUAUGAACACGUCCAACCCAAGAAACAAGAUUGGACUUUUUGACCUGGAGGUGAACUGCUUGACCAAGAUUCUGUUCGGGGCCCUGGUGGUGGUCUCUCUGGUCAUGGUCGCUCUGCAGCACUUUGCUGGUCGCUGGUACCUUCAGAUCUUCCGCUUCCUGUUGCUCUUUUCCAACAUAGUGCCCAUCAGUUUGCGUGUCAACCUGGACAUGGGCAAGAUGGUGUUUAGCUGGAUGAUCAAGAAAGAUUCAAAAAUCCCAGGAACUGUGGUCCGAGCCAGCACCAUCCCAGAGCAGCUUGGGCGAAUCUCAUAUCUCCUGACUGACAAGACAGGGACUCUCACCCAGAAUGAAAUGGUGUUCAGGCGUCUUCAUCUUGGCACCGUGGCGUAUGGAAUGGAUUCCAUGGAUGAAGUGCAAAGUCAUGUGUUCAGCGCAUAUACUCAGCCUUCACAUGACCAGCUGGCAUCCAGAGCACCAGCCACCACUAAGGUGAGGAAGACCAUCAGUAGCCGAGUACACGAGGCAGUGAAGGCCAUUGCACUCGUGCACAAUGUGACACCCGUGUACGAGGGGAACGGCGUGACCGAGCAAGCCGAGGCCGAGCAACACUACGAGGACACAUGCAGGGUGUAUCAAGCCUCCAGCCCUGACGAGGUGUCACUGGUGCAGUGGACUGAGAGUGUUGGACUGACUCUGGUGGGAAGAGAUCAGUCCUCUAUGCAGCUGAGGACCCCUAGUGGUCAAAUCCUCAGUUUCACCAUACUUCAGAUUUUCCCUUUUACCUAUGAGAGCAAGCGGAUGGGAAUCAUAGUGCGUGAUGAGUCAACUGGAGAGAUCACGUUUUAUAUGAAAGGAGCUGAUGUUGUGAUGUCUGGGAUAGUACAAUACAACGACUGGCUGGAAGAGGAGUGUGGGAACAUGGCCCGUGAGGGGCUGCGAGUCCUCGUGGUGGCUAAGAAAUCUUUGACAGAGGAGCAGUAUCAGGAUUUUGAGGCACGCUAUGUCCAAGCCAAGCUGAGCGUCCACGACCGAUCACUUAAAGUGGCCACGGUCCUCGAGAGUCUGGAGAUGGAGAUGGAGCUGCUGUGUCUGACUGGGGUGGAGGACCAGCUACAGGCUGAUGUGAGGCCAACGCUGGAGAUCCUGCGCAAUGCUGGCAUUAAAGUAUGGAUGCUGACUGGAGACAAACUGGAGACAGCCACUUGCACAGCUAAGAAUGCACACCUGGUGACUCGUAAUCAGGACAUUCACGUCUUUAGACCUGUGACCACACGUAGUGAAGCCCACCUCGAGCUCAACGCUUUCAGGAGGAAGCACGACUGCGCUCUGGUAAUAUCAGGAGACUCUCUUGAGGUAUGCCUGAAGUAUUACGAGUAUGAGUUUAUGGAACUGGCGUGCCAGUGUCCGGCUGUGGUGUGUUGCCGCUGUGCUCCAACGCAGAAAGCUCAGAUCGUUCGACUGCUACAGGAGCGCACAGGCAAACUCACGUGUGCUGUAGGGGAUGGAGGAAAUGAUGUCAGCAUGAUCCAGGAAGCUGACUGUGGUGUGGGAGUGGACGGCAAAGAGGGAAAGCAGGCCUCACUCGCUGCUGAUUUUUCAGUGACUCAGUUUAAGCAUUUGGGCAGACUGCUCAUGGUGCAUGGCCGGAACAGCUACAAGAGAUCCGCUGCCCUCAGUCAGUUUGUCAUUCACAGGAGCCUCUGUAUCAGUACCAUGCAGGCUGUCUUCUCCUCAGUUUUCUACUUUGCAUCAGUUCCUCUCUACCAAGGAUUUCUCAUCAUCGGCUACUCGACGAUCUACACCAUGUUCCCUGUCUUCUCUCUGGUUUUGGAUAAGGAUGUCAAAUCUGAAGUUGCCAUGCUUUAUCCUGAACUUUAUAAGGAUUUACUGAAGGGUCGACCACUUUCCUACAAAACAUUCCUUAUAUGGGUUUUGAUAAGCAUCUACCAAGGGAGCAUCAUCAUGUACGGCGCUCUACUGCUCUUUGAGUCGGAGUUUGUGCACAUCGUGGCAAUUUCAUUCACCUCACUCAUCUUGACUGAGCUACUCAUGGUUGCACUUACGGUGCAGACGUGGCACUGGCUCAUGAUUGUGGCUGAGCUGCUGAGUCUGGCGUGCUACAUCGCUUCACUCGUCUUCUUACAUGAGUUUAUCGAUGUCUAUUUCAUCACCACUCUAUCGUUCGUUUGGAAGGUGACCGUCAUCACGCUGGUCAGUUGCUUGCCCCUCUACAUCCUGAAAUACCUGCGCAGGCGCUUCUCGCCUCCCAGCUACUCCAAGCUGACCUCCUGAUCAGCAAAAACUCAGAACAGAAAGACGUGUUACUGGGGUGUGUUUAUUUAUCUGGUUUUUUUUUUCUGUGUGUGUGUGGGUGACUCACGCAGUUUGCACAGGCUUUGUUUCACUACACGCAGCAAGAAUGUCAAGGACCAUUCUCAAUGGUUAUGUCUGAAACCUACCGCAUGAUUCCAUAAAAAUCUUCUCAUUUGUAAAAUUUGUAGUCCCACAAAGCUAUGCAGCUUCUAGAGGGCCAUCAGAGCUGAAUCACAAGGGUACUUUUAUGCUUGAUUGCUCGAGUGAGUCAAUAGUGAGGGCUAAACUGUGGAGCUGUGGUGUGUGCACCGGAGCUUUUGAGAAGCCUGAGAGAAAAUCAUUUCAAAUUCCUUUAUUUUGCAAAAAAAGUUAGAGAAAGGGAAAGAGAAAGGGAUUUGUGUGGGUAAAGAAUUUAUAUGAAAAUGUAUUUGUUUCGUUUAAAAGUUUAAGAUUUAACUCGAUCAUUUCAAAAGUAUUACUGUGGAAGGUAUUUCUGAAAUUGAAUUCAAACCCAAAAUGGGUCUUAGGAUAAUCUUGUGUGUGUGUGUGUGUCGCUGUGUUGAUGCAGAUUUUGAAUUCAUAUUUGUCACUGAGCCCCUCUAGCAUAGUUGUGCUGUUUUUUUUUUUUUUAGCAUGUUGUUUUGUCUCAGACGGCGGUGUUGGUUUGGGCGUAAGGUUACUGAAUACCAGUGUGUUGUGUCUAAAGACCACGGUGAGUGUAACACCACAAACAAAAUGCUAUUUUAGCUUACAGCUCCCUUUUCUGGUCCCUCUGGCCAUGUCCACUCUCGCGGUGACCUCUGGUUUCCCUCACUCGUUGCAUGAAUGAGUAGAUUUCAGGCAGAACACUAACCACUUUUUCCCCUGACGGACACUUUUACUGCUCCCAGUCUAUGUCUUUAUAGAACAUAUCACUCAGACUCAUAGGGCCAAAUCACUUUUGCACGUCUGCAUUUCACAUGGUUCUAUCAUAUCAGGUUUGUUAAUGAGCUAAAAUGAUCUAACGCGUGCACUCCAUAUCGAUUAACUGUAUGUCAGUGUGUGGAUUAGUUUAAAUGUCAUUGUUUGUAAGCUACAAUAGUGACAGUCUGCCAUUUGUGCCACUUCGACUAUGUGCCAUAGUGACCACUUUUGUUGCUUUCAGGGGUGCCAACAUUUACGGUUUAGCUAAAGCAUUUUAUGAUUUUUGCUCUGUAGUAUGCAGAUACACGAACACAUAACUCAGACCUCCAUCUAGGAAAACAACAAAGAAAGUGGCAAGUGAAAGUAGGAAAGAUAGAAAGGUCUGGUCAACACUGACUACAGCAGGUGACAUUGAAUAAACAAUGAUCUGGAGAAUUUGGAGCCCAAAUCAACAACCGUGAAAUCUUUCUUUGGUAACAACCAGCUGUGUGUGGCUUAUAAUCACCAUCAUGGCCAGAUUUUUUUUUCAGCAAUUUGUGCUACUUUCUGUGGGAUCAGACUGUCCAGCGGUCCCCAUGGGCAUAAAAGGAGGCUUGGUUGCAGAUGAUCCAUGACACCAAUUUACUGGUAUAUAAUUGAUAAUUAAUGCUAUUGAGUUCACCUGGCGGUGGUAUAGCCUACAUGUUGGCUGAUCGGUAUAUAUGCCAGUACUUCCAUUAGGUUUGUCAAUUCAUGGACAUAUUAGCUUGUUAAAUCUUUAACACUGACUAUUAAGUUUAUUGAUAUAAUAUAAUUGCUAAUAAAAGCUGAAUAUGGAGCCAUCCAUGGACAUGAAGUGAAUUUCUAAGCCUUUAAAACAUUAGAUUUUUCUCUUUUCCUGCAAUUUUUUUCCCUCACAAUGUUGGCACCUCUGCAUGCAAAAUGCUCCCUGUCUUAUAAUCACUUUAAAGGUUUGUCCUCCUGGUGCAAUAAAUUAUAUUCAAGAAGGGAGUAUCUAAAAAAUUGCAUACCAAAUCAUGUUCUCUCAAAAAUCCUGUGCAAGAAAAAAACAUAUAUUGCAGUAAAUAAUUACUAAAUGAAUGAGAAUUCAAACGGCAUAUUUUGCUAGGUAUGGGAGCAAGGACCUAUUUGUCACAAGUUCAUCAACUUUAUACUACUAAUAAGUUUGAAAUCUAGACUAAAAUAAAAUGCUGUGUAUUUCAUGUGAUUUCUGUUGCUGGUAUUGUUAUUUGUUUUGUAAAUGGCCGGACUACUUUUUACUAGGCAAUGCAUUGUGAAUUGCUGUGUUGUAAAUAACUAAAAAAAUUUGAUUUUAUUUAUUAACAUUUCUUAUUUAAGUUGGAAUUUGCACAAUGAUAAAUGCAGAACAAAAAGGGACAAAAUAACUGAGUCUCAGUGUUGAAAUAAAGAUGGAGUUUUCUUAUCAUG